AUGCCGCUGCUGGAGCUCAGCCAGUGUUUCAACACGUCAAAAGACCACAAAUACUCAGUCGGCCAGAUCAACACAUAUCCUACAACCACCUACAUUGUUCAAGUCGUCACCACACUUGCUUAUGCCUGGUCUUCAGACACUUUCCUCAACGGGAUGCGAUGGCCACCCAUUAUCUUCGUUGCUGUGAGUUCAACCGCUCCGCGGACCAGUCAUAACCAAGAAGCUCACAACAUCCAGAUGGUGAAUAUCAUCAGUUAUGUCCCGCUGACAGUAUGGGACAUCCCAGUGUGUUGGAAGUGGACUUGCUACAUUAUCUGUGGUGCUGGAUUUGGACUCAGUGGUCUCCUAAUGGCUUGGGCUCAUGAAAUUUGCUCCGAAGACAAUGAAGAGCGAUCUCUCGUCAUUGGAAGCAUGAACGAGAUGGCAUAUGUCAUCCAGGCAUGGCUACCUCUGAUUGUGUGGCAGCAGGUGGAUGCACCCGAAUACCGCAAGGGUUUCAUCACAACCUCUUGUCUAUCGGUCGUUUUGAUCAUUGCCACUCUGGUCGUCCGACAUCUUGAUCUUAAGGAGAAGCGAAGGUGUGUUGACCGACCAAGUCACAGAGAAGGGACUGAUGACGGCUGGUCGGACUCGCUUGCGGCGACACCGGUGGACACAAAAGUAUCCAAGUCCUAA